UGCUGGUGCGUGUGACAGUUUGUGGCGUGUGAACUGAGGCGUGUUUGUGUCAGCCAGCCAGGCGGAGGCUCUCCAUCCAUCCCCCCCCCCGCCGGUGAAGGACCGCGGCAGCGGGGACGCCGUGUCUGUCGAGCCGGCCAUGGCUUCGGUUUGGAAGCGGCUCCAGCGGGUCGGAAAGAAAGCGUCCAAGUUCCAGUUCGCUGCUUCAUUUCAAGAGCUGGUUAUAGAGUGCACCAACAAAUGGCAGCCGGACAAAGUGAGAGUGGUGUGGCUCAGGAGGAGCAGACGUCACAGCACAAAGCUCCACAGCUGGCAGCCUGGGAUUAAGAACCCCUACAGAGGCUUGGUGGUCUGGCAGGUUCCCGAGAGUUUAGACAUUACAGUGACGCUCUUCAAGGAACCAGCUGCAGAGGAAUUUGAAGACAAAGAUUGGACUUUUGUCAUUGAAAGUGAGACAAAGGGUUGCAAAAAGGUGCUGGCAUCAGCUGAUAUCAAUAUGAGGAAGUAUGCGAGUGCCACACCAGCCCAGUUUGAUCUGACACUGAAGCUCAAACCACUCUCUGUGAAGGUGGUAGAAGCCACACUGAAACUGAACCUGUCUUGCAUCUUUCUCAAGGAAGGCAAGGCCACGGAUGAGGACAUGCAGAGCUUGGCCAGUCUCAUGAGUGUCAAACAGAGUGAUAUUGGUAAUCUGGACGACUUCAAUGACAGCGACGAUGAAGCCGGCGAGGAGAGAAGGGCGAUCUUUGGAACAGGACAAGCUACUUAUGCGCCUGCUUCCUCCACUGCAAGAGUACACGAUCUGGCUUGGAGGCCUGCAAUUGAAUUAGGCCCCACAGUAACCUCAGAGACGGACUGGAAAAGGUCCUCUGGCAUUUCUGCGACCAUUUCAACACCAUCUUAUCCUCCACCGCCUGAACCCCCUGACCUCUCUGUUCCAUCCCUCAUAUUGCGAACCCAUACACAACCGCUGAGCAGUACCCAGCAGGCUCGGCACUCUCUCUACGCCUACUCGUUGCCAGCCUUUACGCAUGCUCAUCCUCCUGUGCUCCCCAAAAUCUUCCAGCCCAGUCCUGGAUCAGCUCCUCAAAGGCCCCAAAGCUUCCACAGUGACUCCUCUCCAGCUGAAGGCUCGGAGGCCCAAACUUUCUCCACUUUCAUUCCUUCAAGAACACUCUCCACGUCUUCCCUCCCUCGUUUACCCUCUGAAUCCUCUAAAACAGCCUGUCCCAGUGUACGGAGAAGACCCCCUAUUCCUUCCUUUUCCUCUGUCUCAUCAUCCACAGCUCCACUCAGCUCUUUCCCUCCGAUGCCUCCAUCACAUUCUGCUGCUAAAGCUUACCGCACCUCUGAUAUGGGUUCUGUCCAUAUCAGACCUACAAGUCUGCCGUUUUCCCCUGAAACAGCUCCCUGGCAGACUGAAUGGAGACCUCCUAAAUCUCAGGUCCCUCUAGCGCAGCCUGCCUAUUCUCCUACGUCUGUGCGCCACUCUGUCAGGGAUCCUGGACAAGCUGCAGUGCUGCAGAAAAAGCAGAGAAUAGAGAUGCCGUCUUCAUCCUCUCUGCUCGCUGCUCAGCCUUUAGAUCAGAACUCCAGGGGAGGCUCUGGAUAUAGUUCAUCUUGGAAACCUCAGGUCACAUCCACAUUAGAGACCUCCUCACCUUCUCCACUACAUCCUUCCUCUGUUAAUGUGUUUUCUGGGCUUCCUCGUCUUCCUCAGCUUCACAUGCACCAAACUCCCACAGUCUGCACCAGUGAACAGGAUGCAGAGUUCAGAAGACAGCUGAGUACUCUGAGUGAAGAGGAUAACCAGUGCACCACAACCUCUGACCCCAGAGCCCCAGCCAGCCAAAAGCAGUUCAGAGCGUCAGAGCAGAAAGGAGCUGCAGCAUUUGGAUUGGUCAAAGCAUCACCAGGGGAAAAGGAAAGAGGAGAAAGCUCGGGCCGCCCUGUACCUGUGCCUCGUGGUAAGAAGCGUUUGAGUUGUUCUUCUUUAGACGACAGCAAGUCACAAGUUGUUACCCUCCAGCACGCCAGUGAACCAACAACAUCCCAGGAAAGAUUUACCGAUGGGGCUGCACCUCAGGAGACUCCGCUGACAAGCCCAUCCUUAGUUACUUCAAGUCAGUCUCUACUGGAAUGGUGUCAAGAGGUCACACAGAAUCACAAGGGAGUGAAGAUCACCAAUUUCAGCACUUCCUGGAGGAACGGCCUGGCCUUUUGUGCCAUCUUACACCACUUCCACCCAGAAAAGAUUAAUUAUGAAAUGUUGGAUCCAUAUGACAUCAAGCAAAACAACAAAAAGGCCUUUAAUGGCUUUGCUGAGCUUGGAAUUUCAAGGCUGAUGGAGCCGUCAGACAUGGUCAUGCUCGCAGUGCCUGACCGCCUCAUUGUCAUGACCUACCUUAACCAGAUCCGCACACAUUUCACUGGCCAGGAGCUAAGUGUGCUUCACAUAGAGAAGAACAGCAGUGAGUCCAGUUAUGUGGUAGCCGGGGACCGGGAGGACCAAGAGGACCCCGAGGCAGCUGUUCGCUACUGCGCCCAGAAACUCCAGGAGGAGGGGAUAAGUCUUGAGGCUAAUGGGAGCGCGAGCGCUGCAGAGAAGGACGGUAAAGCCAGCAGGGAUGUGGUUCCCCCUCCCAGAACCAAGCGCCUGCAGGGUGCUGGGGCGAGUGGGGCUCAAUCUCCGGUGGCACCACCGAGGACUCAUUUCCUGUCCAAGUCAGGGUUCUCUCAUGUCAGAGAUGCUGAUCUGGUCAAGAAGCGCAGGUCACAGCGCAGAAGUGGGUCAGUAGAUGAAGGAGAGGUAUCAGUGGCUGCUGUGGGGGAUGAAGGCCAAAGGAAGUCAGAAACUGAGAGAUUGGAGGCGGGGGUUGAGGCAGGAAGACCAGAGGGCCAGGACCCCAGCCAGUAUGUGUUGAAUCAGAUGGAAGCCUUGGAAGCAGAACAAAAUCACAUUGAUAACAGAGCAGGUGUGGUGGAGCGGAAACUCAGACAGCUGCUGGAAACAGGCAGUGACAAGGUGGAGGAGGAGAGACUGAUUCAGGAAUGGUUCACGCUGGUCAACAAGAAGAAUGCUUUAAUCCGGAGGCAGGACCAUCUGCAGCUGCUGCUGGAAGAACAAGACCUGGAAAGAAGAUUUGAGCUGUUAAACAAGGAGCUGAGAGACAUGAUGGCCAUUGAUGAAUGGCAGAAGACUCAGGCCCAUAAACAGAGAGAGCAGCUGCUGCUGCAGGAGCUGGUGUCACUGGUGAACCAGAGGGACGAACUGGUCCACAGUAUAGAUGCCAAGGAAAGAGGAGCUCUGGAGGAGGAUGAGCGUCUGGAACGCGGCCUGGAGCAGCGCAGGAGGAAGUACGCUAAAGAGCAAAAAGAGAAGUGUGUGAUGCAGUGACUCCAAAAAGCUCCAAACGUCGGAUGAAAACACUCGUGUCCCUUUCACCUAAUGUCAGAAUGAGUGGUGUGGCUUUAAGUCAGCAGCGAGUGCACGCCGACACUGAACCAGCGUAAAAUCUGUGACGAAUCAGAUGAUCCAGAGCCAGAAUGUACAUUAAUGUUUGGCUUCAGUGGUAGUUUUGGGUUGCUUCUUGCAGUAGGCACCAUUGUGCAGUAGUCAAACCUUAUAAAGUGCUUCAGCACUUUGCAGAUUCUGAGGAUGGAAAUGCUUGUAUAGCCAAAUACAGCCUAGACUAGUUGUUGCUCCUGGAGAACUGAAAUCAAAACUACAGCAGUGCUAACACGUCAUCCUUCCAACAUAAAGCAUUCACUGGUUAUUUUCUAAUGUGGUUAGAUUUUAUUUAUUUAUUUAUUUUUUAGGUAAAUGUUCACGUUGAGCUUUUAUGCUAAAUUAACCAUCAAAAAGAAAACACAUCAUCACCAUUCAAGUGAACUACAAGGGAGCGUUAUGAGAAUACAGCCUGCAAAAUAAAUCACACAGUGCAAAAUACUGUUGAUUUAAAAUACUAGUGAGUGCGUGGUCGGUUGAGUGAAAGGAUUAAAUCUGACACGCACGCACGCAGUGACUGAUGUGUGUGUGCUGACGUGGUUGCAUGUAAAGGAAUGGAGAGAAACGCUGCACUGAGUGUUUAAUGGAAGGAUAUCGCAGAUUUAGGAAGCUCUUAUUGUGAAGUUUGUCUGGCCAACUUUUAUUUUGAAUUGUUCAAAUAUGUACUUUUCCAAAAUAUAAAUGGGGUUGUUGUGUAUUCAUUAAUAAUUAUAUAAGUUUAACAAAUAUUGCGAAAUUUAAUCAGUUAAUUUCAUGUGUGAAAUGCCACUGAUUGUAACGGGGGUUUCAGAAAUGUAACUGAAAGGACGUGAUCAGAGAUGAAUAUUCAUGAGCAACAUUUUUUGAAUGUGCAUUAUUGUCACUUCCCUCUGUUCAGUAAGUGAGCGCAGCUUCCUCCGGCUCUUUGCUCUCCAAAGGUUUUAUUUAAAUGUUUAUCUUGUGUGAAAGUUCAGUUUGCAGUUCUCCUUUGUGUGCACGACUCACAGCCAAACGAAUGCCUUUUUGAAAAGUUUUAUUGAUGGAUUUUGUGUCAAAUUUGCAACAUUUUUAAAGACUGGAAAAUAGAAAAUAUUUGAAUACA